UCCCUCCCUACGUAUGUCCAGAUUCUUUCGCAAGUCGUACUCCACGACGGUGAACGUGGGACUCGCCGGUGGCAGAUCGCCGAUGGAAAUGGCAAAUCGGAAGGCUCCACUGAUUUUCGAGGUGCUCGCCGAGUGCGAAACCACGAAAGCCAGAACCGGCAGGAUGACACUUGUUCAUCAUCACGUGGACACACCGGUGUUCAUGCCGGUGGGAACGCAGGGAACGUUAAAAGGAUUGUUGCCUCAACAGCUGGAGCAACUGGAUUGCCAAAUAAUUCUUGGCAAUACCUAUCAUCUUGGAAACAGACCUGGCGCAGAUAUUUUGCGUAAGGCUGGAGGUUUGCAUAAAUUUAUGAAUUGGAAGAGGGCUUUGUUAACGGACUCGGGUGGUUUUCAAAUGGUUUCAUUGUUACAGCUAGCUGAAAUAACAGAAGAAGGAGUUAAGUUUAAAUCACCAUACAACGAAUCUGAAUGUAUGUUGACACCCGAACAUUCCAUUCAAAUUCAAAAUGCAAUUGGCGCCGACAUAGUCAUGCAGCUCGACGAUGUCGUUAAAAGUACUUUAACCGGACCAAGAGUAGAAGAAGCAAUGCAUAGAACGAUACGUUGGCUGGACCGCUGCUUGUCAGCGCACGAAAGACCGGAUGAGCAAAGUAUAUUUCCGAUCGUACAAGGUGGCCUCGAUCCCGAGCUACGAUCUGAAUGCGCUCGUCAAUUGAUUAAGCGGGAGGUGAAUGGGUAUGCUGUAGGAGGUUUGAGUGGCGGCGAGAGCAAGGAUGAUUUUUGGAGGAUGGUCCACCUAUCAACGAAUAUCCUUCCAAGGAGUAAACCGCGAUACCUCAUGGGUGUUGGAUUCGCAGUAGACCUAAUCGUAUGCAGUGCGUUAGGUAUCGAUAUGUACGACUGCGUAUUCCCGACGAGGACCGCUAGAUUUGGCUGCGCGUUGGUGAAAACGGGACAGAUCAGUUUAAGGCAGGCGCAAUAUAAAAAGGACUCGAGACCGAUAGACGAGUUGUGCGAGUGUAGCACUUGCAGGACUUAUACGCGCGCGUAUCUCCAUCAAAUCGCCACUGUGGAGACGGUGUCGUGUCAUCUGCUAACCGUUCACAAUAUUGCAUUCCAAAUGAAGCUCAUGCAAGACAUCAGGAGCAGUAUAAAAGAGCAGAGAUUCCCCAGGUUCAUACGGGACUAUAUGUUGACAGUUUAUCCGAAUAAAGACUAUCCAGAAUGGAUAGUUAAUGCUUUACAAGCUGUCAAUGUUACCUUAUUGUAAAAUAGGGUAACGCUGAUUUGUAUUACUGCUAUUAUCCUUCUGUAAACCAUGCAUUUUUAAUAUCUACAUAAAGACUUUUGUAACUUAUUUCUAUAACUUAUUUCUCUCGUUACGUUGAAAUUACAGUGACGUGUCUAAGUACUUGUGAGCUCCAAUUGUAAGCAUGUAAGAAUUUAAUAAUCUUGCCCCACUCGUUUGUCAUUAUAGCAAGAUUACGAUUGUAAACUUCUUUAGAAAUUUAUCAAUGACAAAACAGUCUUCUGUUAUACAGACAGGCAUGUAGUGUACAUGGACUCAUCCAGAAAUGUUUACAAUUUUGCAAAUACAGUAUUUGCAAAAUAUCGUUAUAAAUCAAAUAAAUAGAAGUACUUGAAA